AUGAGAAAAAACUAAACCACGAUAAAAACAAGACCAGCUCGAGCCAUCUCACAAGUAGAUAAUAAAUUCAAUCUCUUAGGCCAAAGAUCCAAGGGAAUCGUAAUUUCCCAUCAUUGAAUAGAAACAAGCCAAGCCUUCUUCUGUCAUAAGAAGUUCAAAAAAAUCAUUAGACUUUAAUCGACUUAUAAAAAAUCCAAGAUUAAAUGAUAGCAAGUUGGAGGAGGCUUUAGAAGCAGAUUUAAGUUUCAAAAAAAUGGAAUUAAAGGAUAACAGGUUAUAAAAGAGUUCCCCUCAAAAACCAAAUUUGUAACUAAUAUCAGAAACAAGUUAAGCUGAAAAUGAAUAAAGAGCAUCCACUCCUCCAAGAAAAAACAGAAAAGAAGGACAAGAUUUUAAUGCCAGAUCUGAAUGUAACAUAUGGUUAAACUUAAGCUUUCGCCACUUUAGAACCUAUGCAUCAUGCCGAAGAAACAUUAGCAGAAAAUCUUAGAAUAUUCAUUAAAAUUUAUGAAAUCAUGAACAACCUCUUAAAUUCAAUGAAAAAAGUAAGAGUUUGAAACUAAUAAAGUAAGAAUACUACUCUAGAACUAAUAAAUUAAAUCAAUUAAUACAUGGAAUUGACUGAGGAUACUGGAUUUCAAUAUCUGGAAGAGUUACUACAAGAACAUGCCAAGCAAGUUAGAUAAAUAUUUCUUAUCUUACGAGUCGGAGUAAUUCUAUUAAUAUUGUAGAUUGUUGUCUUAGUUAAUUGUUUUUUUGAUCUCCAUUUCUAUUUAAGUAGUAUUAGUAAUAUCAAGAAUAUAUUGCUCUACAAUAUUUAAAAUUUAAGUCACCUCUCUGAUAUUUUAUUAGAGAAACUCAAAGAUAAGCCUGAGUAUCCCCUAUAUUUAUAGUUGUAUUCUUAAUUGUAAUUUAACAUCAACAAGAAAACUAUUGUUACCAAAAAGCAAGAUUAUUGGACUUACAUUAAGUAGAACAUAGAAUUAUUACAAAAUCUUUAUAAAUCACUUACAAAAAGUUAAAGAGACUUAUACUAAUUUUUAAUUAUCUUCCUAAGGAGUUUAUAAAAUUAUACAAUAAAGGAAUCCUUACGAAACCUUUAGGAAUUCAUUUCAUUUUACUUUACAAUCUAACAGAGUUACCAGGGGUUAUUAGGAAUUCCGUUGAUAUGCGUAGCUCCCCAACCUUACCUUCCAUAUACAAAUCCGAAAACCUAUACUCUUGUGCUAGAUAUGGACGAAACUUUGAUACAUUUUACUGAUUAGACAGGACACUUCCUGAUUCGUCCUUUUACUCAUCAAUUCUUAUAAGAAAUGAGUUAGUUUUAUGAAUUAGUAGUAUUCACAGCUGGAUUACCGGAUUAUGCCAAUUGGGUUUUAGAUCAGGUUGAUAAAAACAGAAAUAUAUCAUAUCGAUUAUUUAGGUAGCAUGCUUUAUAAUAUUCUAAUUAAUUUAUAAAAGACCUUUCCAGAUUGGGAAGAGAUCUUUCAAAGUGUAUAAUUGUAGAUAAUGUUCCUGACAAUUUUCAAAAUCAACCAGAAAAUGGAAUUUUUAUAAAGACAUGGUACAGUGAUUAAAACGAUACUGCUUUGGCUGAAUUAGGUCCGAUUUUGAAGUCUAUUGUUAUGAAAAAAGCAGAAGAUGUUCGUUUAGCCCUGAAAGAAGUAAGAAAAAUGUUGACAUAAAGUAUCCAACUACCUCCCUUAUAGGGGUGA